AUGGUUCGGCCCUUCCCGCGGGACGAGUUCCCACGACAGCCGUCGUUCCAGCAGCCAUGCUUUCCUCCUACCUCGAGGCACGCCUCAUUCUCAGGAGAGAGAUAUGUUGGCGAUGCAGUGCCACGAGCUGACUCUUUCCCCCAAGACCGCUAUGGUGUUGAUCCUGGAGACGGCCGCUUUCAAGAGGCCUAUGACUUGCAUCGCCGCCACCCCCCAAUGAAAAUUGAUGAGGCGCUCCGCUCACACUGCGGAAUCGCUGGAAAGCAAUACUUCGUUGCUGUUAUCAGUGAAGAUGGAAAGCCAAUGACAUUUUUCAGUCCAUCUCAGAAGCUGAACGACAUGACGAUUCGACAGUUCUUUGACACGAGUAAAUUCCAACAUGUCAUGGCCCGGGUUGAGGCUGGGGCUGAUCCGAUAUUGGAUGAUGGAUUGCAAUUUGAGGAUGGCUCUUUCAGCAGGAGUAGUAGUUUUGGACGCAUACGAGCUUCGGAUCGACGUCGCAGUUCUGUUUAUGAUGAUUGGGAAGGUCCUCCGCGACCGGGACGCAAACGACCUCGGCCCCGUCAUCCAAUCAACGAAGAAGACGACAUGCCAGUGACUGUAUCAUCACGAAAGGGUAUCAAAAUUGGCGACGGGGAUGGAGUUUGGAGUUUCUACGAACAACGUUUCAAGAAUUGCCAACAGACUGCCUGCAAGUUGAUAGCCAAGGCAUGGGUCAAGGCCGUGGAGCCCAAAAAACAGUCAACUCAUCCAUAUACAGGCAGCGACGAAAAGGCACCGGAUUGGUGGCCCAAGCCCUGGGGCCCUACGAAAGACGACAAGGUCAGGCAUAAGGAGCCAGACCAUCUAUACAAACGAGAACGAGUUCACCUAUUAGCUCAUAUAUUGAGACUUGUAGUCGAGCCCAACAGCAAACAGCACAACGACAUCCAGAAGCUUGGUCUCAAUGUGAAGAAGUUGGAAGAGACAACGUACGAGGCGCUAUCGUCAUUCUUUAUGGACAACGACACCAACGCCAAGAAGCGACCAUAUUUGAACGAAAUUUUCAAGAUGGCCAGGCAAGAAGAACGUUUCAAGAACGGCGAGAUAGACGGAUCCACCGAAGUUUAUGUGAUGGCGGAGGACAAGCUUCCCGAGAACUACGCCUCGGACAAUGAGGACGCCGUGUUCCCCAAGGAUGAGGAGGAUCAUGAAUUGCAGCGUCCCAAAGUCAACACGCAGCCGCACUGCAUUGUUCAUACGCCAACGACUGGACCCGGCUCAGCUCAACCGCUCCACGGCGGUCACGGCCCAUUCAUUGGCGAACUACCUGUCCGAGGAUCUUCCUUCAACCCCAGCAUGUUACCCGCGGACAUGGCGUCGUCGCAACCACACACUUUCGUGGACAGCAGCGGCAUCACGGUCACGGAUCAAACCUCAGUCACCGCGUCUGGCGGGUCCUUGGCUUUGGACAUGGUAGCAAGUCCCCACGACAGCAGCCGGCGCCCCUCGGUAUUCAGUGAAUACACGAGCCCAGGAGGUAGCAGCUUGUAUGCUCAGCAAUGGCAACAACCGGGCUCAAACGGCCCAGGGCAGGCAUCAAUGUAUGCAUACACGCCUGCGCAGGGAAAUCCUCAGCAGACUUCGUUUAUAGGUCAGGGAGUUCCCAUGAAUGCGAACACGGCAUUCAUGGGGGGCACAUUUGAAGGAUCUCCGCGAUCAGAGUAUGAUGCAAACGGGCCUCCGAUAUUCCGGACGGGAGAUAUGCCUCAUACCCCAGUAAAUCAAUCGCAAGGGUACUAUGUCCCCAACGAUGGCAGAAGCGGGCUACGAGUCAUCACCCAAGUGGUGGACGGUGUUCCUAGAGCCCAAUUGCAAUAG